AUGGUAGCUAUAUCUCCUUUGAUCGACCAUGUCUCAUCUUCGCACUCCUCCCACAAUAACCGAUCUCCAAACUCUGAUAUCCUCAAAAAUUUUGAUAUCAAAACUUGGCUAGAUGAAAUUAACUGCAAGCAAUAUUACAGAUUGUUCAAAGAAAACGACAUAAAAUCUUUGGAUCUCAUCUUGAACUUGGAUUACACUUUGCUAAAAGAACUAGGCAUCAAUAAAGUUGGCGAUUUAAUAAUUUUCGAAAAUUCAAUUGAAUUGUUAAAAGUGAGAAAAUUAAACAAUAACCUUAAUAAAGAUAGCCAGCUAAUAUCCCUCUUUAUUGACCAAUUUUUGAACUCUCAAUCUGAUAUUCUUAAUAAGAAUGAUACGGAUACCAACCAUUUUGAUCAUUCCCAUAAUCCCAAAAAUAAUAGCAACAAAAUCAAUAAUAAAAGUAUUCUUAAAAAAAAGAAAACCGAGUCGCCAACUACAGAUACAAUUAAAUCCAAUGAUAGUGAUGAAACCCUUAAAAUUGACCCACCAAUAUUUAUCCCAAUAGCAACCAAAAACAAAUCUUCGGCUUCCUCUCCUGUUGAUAAUAAGUCUACAGUAAAUAACAAAGAGGUCACUUUUAUCUUAAUCGAUGGUUCAACCGAUAAAAUUUAUGUAGAUGGCUGCUAUAAUGUUGAUACAAUUAAAAACAGAUUAUUAAAACAUUUAAAUAUCAAAGAUUUAGCUGAAAAUUACAACACUUACUAUACAAUAGAUAAUACUAAGAAUUUGCAUUUAAUUCAUGAUAUAGAGUUAAUGGCUAUUUGUCAUUCACAAACAAGGGAAGAGAAAAAUAGAAUCAUUUUUAUUAAAUCAAAUCAAAAACCAUCUCAAAAGGCAAUCAAUAAAUCCGUUGAAAUAGCCUCUCAAUCAUCUUCUAAUAACAAGAAUCACUAUAUAUCAAAAAAUAAAAACAAAACAAACCAAAAAGUAUUGCCUAACAUUAUUAUUGACGAAACCAUCAAUCCAGAUAAUUUCAAGACUGUCUAUGGCCAAAGGCCUCCAAGUGAAUUGAUUUCAACUAAUUUAGCUGAAUAUUUCCCUGAUGCAGACUCGACCCAAUUGCGAGAAACUAUUAGAAAUUCGGUUAGAUUGUCCAGAGCUUGCUCGAAAUUAUCAAUGCUAGAUCUAUCUUCUGACAUAAGAGAUUCUAUAAUGUCUUCAUCUUCAAGUUUUUCUUUCAGUUCAAAUUUUUCAACUUUAUCAAUCAAUUCCAAUAAAAGGAAAACCAUUGGUGAUAAUUAUAUCAAUAAUAACUUAAUUUAUAAUAAUGGUAAUAACAGUUUUGAAGAGUUUGAUAAUUUUUCAACUCUAAAAUCUCCAAAAUACCAUUCAAAUAAAAAAUCAAGCUUACAACAUAGUAUAUCGAUUUCAGAUGAUGAAAAUGAUAAUAAUCAUAAUAGCAGUAAUAUACCCAAUAGUAAUAUACCCAAUAAUAAUAUACACAAUAAUAAUAGUGAUAAUAGUGAUAAUAAUAAUAAUAAUAAUAAUAAUAACAGAUUAUCGAUAAUGGUUCAUAAUAAUGAGCUUGGUAACACUGAAACUAUUGAUAUUGAUAUGAGUGAUAAUAAUACCGAUUUUUAUAACUCAGAUGCACAGACGAUAAAGGGUGAAGAUGAAGAAAGAUCCAUAUUGGAAGAUUUAUCAAUUUUAGAAGCAGCAAAUUAUUCACAAGGUCCUACUAAAUGGCUAAAGGGUUCAAGAAUUGGAGCUGGAAGCUUUGGUGUAGUUUAUUUAGGGCUAAAUGCACUAACUGGAGAACUUAUGGCUGUCAAAAGAGUUGAAAUUCCAAAGAAUGUUUCUCCAAACACCAAGUCCAAUCCAAUGGUGGAGUCUUUACAACAUGAAAUUAGUUUAUUAAAAGAGUUAAGCCAUGAAAAUAUUGUGCGAUAUUUGGGCUCGAAUUAUGAUUCAAACUAUUUGAAUAUUUUUUUGGAGUAUGUUCCUGGUGGUUCAGUAUCUUCAAUGUUAAACAAUUAUGGACCCUUUGAAGAGCCUUUAGUGAGAAAUUUUACCGGACAAGUUUUAGUUGGAUUAAAGUAUUUGCAUUCCAAACAUAUUAUACACCGAGAUAUUAAAGGUGGGAAUAUUUUAAUUGACAAUAAAGGUUGUGUUAAAAUUACAGAUUUGGGUAUAUCCAAAAAGCUUACAUCUAAAGACAAAACAUCGAAAAGAGCAUCUAUGCAAGGGUCUGUUUAUUGGAUGGCUCCAGAAGUUGUGAACCAAACUGCAUAUACAGAAAGAACCGAUAUUUGGUCUCUCGGGUGUUUGGUUGUGGAAAUGUUAACAGGAAAGCAUCCUUAUCCAACAUUGGAUAUAACUCAAGCAAUUUUUCGAAUUGGUGGUAAAAAAUAUCCCGAUAUUCCAGAAAAGUGUACGAAGGAUGCUAAAAACUUUUUGGAAAAGACGUUUGUAGUGGAUUAUCUCAUAAGACCUUCAGCUGCAGAGCUACUUUAUCAUCCGUUUUUAAAGACAUUAAUUUUACCCAAGAUAUGA